UUUUUCAACCAAAUUAUCAGUUCUUUGUCCUUUUAAGUUCUCAAUUCCCUGAUAUCUUUAUUUCUUCAUUUUGUGAUUUAGUAUCCAAGAAUUGUAAUAGCAAAUCAAAGAAACCUUUGGAAGAAGAAAUGAAUUGGCAGAGAGAGAACGGCAAAGACUUCAACACUAGCUUACAAAAGAAGAUCAAAAGUCCAGAACACCAACUCUGUUUUCAAUCCUCUGUUCCUUAUACUACUCCCCCACACACAGCAUUUUCUCCUCCUCCUCUUUCUUCUUCUACUUCUCGUUCGCCAAGAGUUGUUUUUCCGUUUGCUUUAGAUGGAACUCAGCAAUCCAUUGAAAGUUUACAUCAAUUGAGAUCAAACAGCACGCCUCUGUUUCAUCCGACGCAUCAAAAUCAGCAGCAAAUGAUCUCAUUUUCUGCUCAACACCCACAAUACUUUUCAAGGGAAUUGGGACCAUUCCAGCAUCAGCUGCAGCAUUGUCAUGAAACACUGAAUUUAAGUCCAAGAAGGAGGACUACAAUGUUGAAUACGUUGGGACAGAGUAACAGGGUUCCCCUGUUUAGUCCUCUGUUACAGCAUCCUUAUUCAAUGACGAAACUGUACAGAGGAGUAAGGCAGAGACAUUGGGGUAAGUGGGUAGCUGAGAUUCGUCUUCCUCGAAAAAGGACUCGUCUUUGGCUUGGCACUUUUGACACUGCCGAAGAUGCAGCCAUGGCUUAUGAUCGCGAGGCCUAUAAGUUACGAGGAGAGAGUGCGAAGCUCAAUUUUCCCGAGCUCUUCCUUGGUAUAAACAAAGCAGCAUCACCAGAGAAUCUUCAGUUGCAACAACCUCAACAGCCACCAUCUGGAUGUGGAAAUUUUGAAGAGGAAAUAGGAUCAAGUGAGGUUAUAGCUAUUGAUGGAGUUCAAGGGAAUGUGGAGAGUUGUGGUGCAACAUUAUCUGAUUUUGAGGCUUGGUUAAACGCAAUACCAGAAGGUUGGGGUCCAGGAAGUCCAGUUUGGGAUGAUUUGGACACAAACAAUAAUCUCAUCUUGCCCCAUAAUAUUAAUUUUGGGGAUUUCCAUCAGCAGAAACCUCAUAAUUCCGAUCUUCUAGGCACGAUGAAGCCCUUAGGGUAACACACCGGCUUAGAAUUAGACCUUCUGCAGAGGAGACACCAGACUUCUUGAUAGGCCUGAGAAAGCUUAGAACAGAAGAUUUAUGUUGAACCAAUGCAUAUCGUUGCGACGUUCUUUUUUAUUCUUCCUGCACGCAUAGGCCUCUCUCUCUCUCCGCCCCGCUUUUCAAUAUCCAUCAUUCAGCAGUAGGAGAUUAAUUUUUCAAUGAUCUCCUUAACUUCUUUCAUAGGUUGCAUAUUUUUAGUCAGACCUGUGAGUUCACCAUUCCAUCUUUGUUCAUCUUUUCCUCACUGGUUGCAGAUUUUACAUGGAACAACCUGUGUUUCUCUUUGGAGAUCCUUUUGAAUUCUCCACUUCACUUCCACUUUGCCUUUUAGUGAUUACUUUUCCUUCUUACACCUGAACCAUUAUCUGCAAAAUGGCUGCAUAUUUUUGCCUUUUUUGCAGAGGUAAUUUCAUUAGUUGGCUUUUACAUCUAGGGACGUUAUCAAUAUCAAUACUAUCAUCAAUAUCUAGUUAUGUUGUUUUACUUUCUUUUGGGCUGUUUAAUUUAGUAGGUUUUGCUUUUAUCAGCACAGAUGGAAAGAAUAAAAGUUUCUUUAGAGUCUGUAGACUUUACAUUUUAAUGUUUGUUUCAGACUGUGUCCUGUAA